AUGGCGGAGUUCCCGCCACUUGCUCCAGUGCCAUCCCCCGCAGUGCGGAGGACAAUCCCAUCAAAUGACUGGGAGAAUUGUUUAGAUGCAUGGAUGACUCUACUGGGAAUCCGGCUGAAUGCAUCUGAUCAGCAGUUUAAAGUUGCCGCCACUGAAGACAUAUCGAUUCCCCUAUUCUUGGGGUCAUACUAUCAAUAUACGGCCGCAGGGGACUCUAGUCUGCAAAGCGGACCUAAAGCUCGACAGCUUCGGAAGCUCUGCUUUUUGGUCACAAGGCGAUUUUUGCUUGAUUUAUCCAAUCCACCAGAUGAUGUUCUAGAAUGGAGACUUCUCGGCAAUUUAUGUUGCUGCCAUCCGUCCAGUGCGGUUUUGAAGACGUCAUUAUUAAAGGCCUGGGAGCUGCACCAUGCCAAAAUCACUUCCAGUAUCGGCAAAGCGAAAGCUAGCGUGAUAAAGAAUCUCUCUUCGGCGAAUGCUUCCUCAAACCCCGAGAUCAUUUCUGACAUUCGUCGUUUGACCAUCCUAGCUUCUGUCCUGCCAGCAUGUGGCCAAGAGCUCAUGGCGGGCUCCGAUUUCUUGGACACGAUAGCAGAAGCUUAUCAGUCAAAGGGUGUUAGGGAGGAGUUUCGCAAGAUCCUCGUUGCUAAUGCUUACGUUGGGUUGAUUUCCUUAUUGAAGGAGCCAGUCAAUUUGUCCUCAUUGUUGGACCAAUUGUUCAGUCUCAAAGCCGCCGCCCGAGUUGGGGCACCGAAGAUCAAGAAAGAACCAACAUUGCUCUCUGAUCUAGUCUGUAGCUCAGACCUGCUUAUUCGAUUGGAGAAGUAUCUCUUCAGUCACCCCCAGAAACGGGGGCAAGAUCUUCUCGCCAGCUUGCGUGCCUACCAAGUGGAAUCGAAGUCGCUACACCAUCGAUAUCAGAGGCGCAAGAGAGUAGACAAGGGUAAAGAUGUUUCUUCAGAUCCUGUCAUCUCUGGAGAAGUCCAUGCACAUAAGAUGUCACUCGUCACACAGGUGCAGGACCUGUUCCCUGAUCUUGGGUCGGGAUUCAUUGUACGGCUUCUGGACUUCUACAACGAAAACCCUGAAACUAUUGUCGCCCAACUGCUUGAUGAUUCGCUCCCUCUGGAGCUUCAGUCUCUAGAUCGAACAGAGCAACUGCCUCCCCAGGCAGGACCUCAUCGUGUCCAUAUGUCACCUCAACCAACACCACCCGCAAUGCCAUCACCCCAACCCGAAUACCUUCCGACCCGAAAGAACGUCUUUGACAAUGACGUAGACAUAGCCGAACUCAGCCGCUCAGGCGAUGCCCAAGGAAAAUUGCACUUUGGCCGUGUCGAUGCAGACCAAACAGCCGACACAGUUCUGUCAGACCGCAGUCAACACGCCGCAAACAAAGCAGCAAUCCUCUCUGCCUUGGCAACAUUCGAUUCCGACGAUGAUGAGCGGGACGACACCUACGAUGCAACCGACGUGGGCGGCGCCAUUGACGGACCCACAGGUGCAGACGGCGAAGCCGAUGCAGACCAGCGCAACCGCCGCGCAGUCGACAUCGACGCAACGCUCUUCCGAACAUACAAGUCUAACCCUGGUCUCUUCGCCCGUGACUCGGCGACCCGCCGCUCGCAGCCUCGCCAGUCAUUGAAGCGCGAGACUGAGAUGACCGACGAGGCUAUUGAGGGAUGGGCUGUUAUGCUUGCGCGUGACUCAAAGCGCCUUGCUAAACUUGAAGGCCAGCUGGCUAUGGACGCCGGUGGGCCUGGCGGUGGAGCAUUGAACCAGCCUGAAUUGCGCUCUACUUCUUACAGGAGACCGCAGCCUCGUGAGGAUGGCGACGAGGGCUCUGACGAGGGUGAAUCAUCUGGCCAUCCUGGCUCAAGGGGUGGCAGAGGGGGCGGUGGACGUGGUGCAGGAGGGGGACGCGGGGGUGGACGAGGCCGUGGACGCGGUCGUGGUGGUGGUGGCGGCGGUGCCGGCCCUCAGUCUGCAUCUGGAGGUCAGGGACAGGCGGAUAGUGCUGCUUCGCGACAGAGAAAGGAGGAGAACAAGGGGAGUCGCGCAAAUCAUAAUCGUCGGCAGCAACAUGCGAAGAAGAUGGCGCGCGGUGGAUUGCCUGGUUAA